UAUAAAUAGUAGAAAGAUGUGGAAAAGUAUUAGCAGCUACAUCUUUGUAUUGAGCACAAUGCUUAUAAGUGUUCUCUGCGAUAAAGACUUCUACGAUUGUGCUAUUCUAGAAGGAAUUGUUGAAGAGAAGCAAGCACUCAAGGAAGUUACUGAUGCUUUCGAAUUGAAUAAAGACUUUAGUGAGUCCUGUCUCCAAAUCCUGGUCAAUAAGAACUUCUAUUCCUCGAUUGAGUACCUUGUUAACAAUGUUUUUAAUGAAGACAAUGACUAUGAUGCAGUUCCAGCCUUAAAGAGAUAUAUCUCAAAGGUCAGGGAAAGACAAGACUCUGUUAUCAAUCUAGCAAGUGAAAAGAGGAAUAUUGUCACCAUUGGGCCUGCUUUUCAGUGGGCUCAGGAUAUGAACUCAGUUGCUCUGUUAGUCAAGUUUGCCCAUAGAAUGGAUUCCCCUGCUUGUAUUGAUUUGUACGACCAGAAUGUAACUAUUACGGAGACCAACAUUACCAUUACUUGUAUGUGUAGGAAGCGAGAUGAGAUUGUGAGGUUCUACAUGAACCAUGAACUCUAUAUGAAAAUUUCAGGAAACUACUCUGAGUUCCAAUCUGGAGGAAGGCUCUAUCUCAAUUUGACUAAAGCAGAAGGCAACCAGAGAUGGAGAAGACUUCUGUUUAAUGAAGAACAACCUAGGAAUAUGAGGGUUUGGUAUGAACUAAUGGAAAGCAUCGGCGAUAUUUCAGAGAACACUGUGUUUGAAACUGACGAUGCAUUUGAAGAUCUUGUUCAUAUCGAUAAGCCAACAAGGAAAAAGAAAUCUAAGGGAGGGAAGAAAAAGAAAAAUAAGAAGAAGAGAAAAAUCAAUGAUGACUUGUAG